AUACACUCAGACAAGAUAAGUCCCAUCAAAUGCAUCUCUGAACUAUGAGGGCAUCCCGGGUAUUUCUCCAUACUCUAUGAUGAUGCUCUACAGAGCAGCUUCCUGCUUGGGAAAUGAUAACUUAUCGUGUUCACGACAAUGUGGCAGACACCGUCCAUACCGGCUUCUCUCUCGUCGGUGACAUUCAAUGAGACCCCUAGUGUACAAAGACCGGAGCCGAUCUAUUACACUCCACGUAGGAAGCAAGCAUGCUCACGAUGUCACACGAAAAGGAUUAAGUGCCUAGGCGGUGUUCCGUGUAGAAACUGCACGCUUUCCGAUUCGCCAUGUAUCUUUCCGCCGCCUCGCAAGUCACGAAAUUCAGCGAGUCAGCAGGGACCUGUCUCGCCUUCUAACAGUCUCAAGGACGAUCAUCCAACAUCAACUACUGCUGCUAAUGGAGCCUCGCUAUCGGUGACAGCGAAAACCGGGAGCUAUAGACGUUCCGAGAAAGAUUUCAGCUCACGUCGAUUGGACCAAGCAAGACGAGUUUCAAGACAAACCUAUCGUGCUAGUCCUUCCUGCCGCACGUUUGUUGAGCAAUUUAUUGCUUGGGUUGCGGUGCAGAAGCUCCAGCUUAAUCCAUUCGAUGAGGCCUCUUUCAAUCCAUCAUGGGCAUCUCUGGGACACUUAGACUCUGGCUUGAUGAACCCUGGGUUGGAGAUAUCAAUUGACACCGAAGUAUCCCAUCCCUCGGCUCAAUCAGAGGCAAGCCGACCAGUAAAGAUUCGCAUGCCGCCCUACAACCACAGCAUACAUCUACUUCAAUGCGUUGAGUUCGCAAUUGGCCACGACCAGCAUUAUUUUCGACGACAACACAUUCGCGCCAGGGUAACGCAAAUGUAUCAGAAUCCGGAUUCCUCUCGAAGCAAAGAUCGGGGUUGGCUAUGCUUUUGGCUUGCCAUACUUGCGGUUGGGGAGCUAUACAACAGCAAUGGAUACACCCCCGCCGAUGAUGGCCUGGGAUUAAGCCGGUCAUCGACAUCUCCCGACAAGGAACCACCCGGCGCCGAAUAUUAUCACCAAUCCGUCUCAUUUCUUCAGCAGGUGGCCGAGAAUCCUGACGUCUUGUACAUUGAGACCUUGUGCUUGCUUGCAGUCUACGCGUUUUCAAUGAACAAGAUCAACACCGCCUACAUGUACAAUGGCCUUGGUUUGCGUGCGGCCCUUUCACUGGGCUUGCACCGAAGCUCUUUAGACUUCUUAUCGGAAGGUUCGGAUCUCCGUAUAGCUGAAAGCGAACACCAGAGGCGGGUAUUCUGGACGGUGUAUUAUCAGGACCUACUUACUUCCUCCACCACAGGCCGCCCGUGGGGUAUCCUGGACGAUGAGAUCACCACUGAAUAUGCCGACUCCACUCGUAUCUCUGGUGACUCAAUGAUGGAGUUCUUUGACUCCGAAGAGUCCAAUGCGCACCUGGAACUCAUGCGCCUGAGAGGCCAGGCUUAUUCUUCGUUGUAUGGUUACGCAGGCACCGCGAUCAAUCCCUACUCUCAUAUUUCUUUGUUCGAUUUUGACCUGGGAAAUUCUUUAUCGCAACAACACCUGGACAAGAUGGAUGAAUUUCACCAAGGCUUAAUCGCUUGGCAGCAGGAGCUCCCGGGAAAGUUGAAGCUCGCUAGGAGUUUUGAAGGGUCGGGGUUAAACCCAAGCCGAGUGACCGCGAACUUACAUCUCAUCUACCAUCAAACCAUCCUUGUACUACUCAGGCCUGUUUUAGUCAAUAUUCAUAAUGACAGCUUCGAAGUCCGGAGCAAGGAAUAUUCGGAGACGAUCGACGCCAAUCCAGGGUUAAAGUCGAUGCUGCGAGCAUUUUACAUUGCCAUCCUGGAUUCUGCGCGAGAAACAGCGGGUAUCUUGGAGUGGCUGCAAUACCAAGGUGCACUAUUCAUCAAUUCCUAUUUUGAUGCUAGCUACGCCUUUACUGCCGCCAUAGCACUUUACCUUGCUAGAACCCUGCGGUCAUUCACGUAUCCCAACCAGGACGCUCUCCUAUUUACGGACGAAGACCUGUCUGCCCUCAAUACCAUAGUCGGCAUCCUUCGUCAGCAGAGCUUAGCGGGCAAUGUACCUGCGAAACAUUUCGACAGACAGCUGCGAUUACUGGAGAACAACCUCCAAGCUCUGCAAACAGCUUUGGACAACCGUGUGAGCUUUGACGACCUCAAUUUUGACCUCGAUUAUCUAGACUCCGGGAUACCUUCGUUGUCGGGGAAUAUGAGCGCAACUCUACCGGGAGAGCCAUAGUCGAUGCUCCUUACAUCGGAACAUUUCAUCAUCGUGAGUUGUCUGAUGUCUCCUGACUCGGAUCAUUAUCAAGUUGACUCGAUGGGAUGUGAAAGACGUUCCGCGUCCCUCCUCAACAUCCAGCAUUGCUCUCUGGAACCGCCGCCUCGGAGCUGAUGUCUCGUACCACUCACAAUAACUUAAAGGGCUACAUCGGCCACCUUUCUCUCUUCGACCUGACUCACAGGAUCUUGCGGUAGGCAGUACGUUGCACAAUUGUUUUGGCAAUCAAAGUCUCCCGAACACGAGUUGUGCCAUGCGAUAUUUCAUUGUCGUACUAGGUACUCGAGGCAAUAGGAGGCUGAUUCCCGCCACAAGACUUAGCUUGGGGAAGUGCUUAGGGAAGUCGUCCAGUGCCUCACCAAUGCUAAUGCUCGUUCGCAAAGUUGGUCUUUGAGCAGUCCGUCAAGUCAGUAGCCAUUCCUCUGGAGAAGUGACCAAAAGCAAAGCACCGACGAUCCUGUUGGUAUCUAUCUCGGAGAGUGUCGAAGAAAUACAAAAUGCUCCGUCAAGUCGCCACUUCUACCGUCGCAAAACAAGAACAUCUCCGAAUCCAUUUCCAUUUCCAGACUUGAGCAGCCGACAUUUCAUCGAUGGGGAUGUCAAGCCAUCUUGAGGCGGAAGCUGGUGUAUAACCUUGCGCUCGAUGUUGUAAUCUGGCACCCCUUUUUAGAUAGGGGUUUCCAGCUCUGCGCACUCCAUUAGCUGAGAAAGGCCAUUUUCCAUUUCCACAAAUACUCCAGGGCAUAUCACCGGACGCAGUAUGCAUUUCCCCUCUUCCCCAGAGGGCUGUCGGCGUUCCUUGACCCAUGACUUCGUACGCUCGUCACAUCGAAAGCCGCUUUUUGAGAGAGC